AGUCUUUGGAAAGAAACUUAAGAAACCAGUCACUCGGUUCUUGUUGGAGUCGUCAGUUGUUGUUUUUUUGUAUGUGCUCUCGUGUCUUCGCGCUGAAUAUACCAGUCGAUUCGCUGAAUUUUAUAUACGUUUGUUUAAACAGUCUAAAGAAACUGGUGCGCAAACUUUAUUUUUCGGAAUUCAUCAAGUUGGUUGUACUUUCAAACUAGACCUAAAAUUCGAAUAAAAAAACGAAAAAAAUCGGUUUUUGUUUAUUGUUGGUCGUUAAUUGAGUGAUAAUUCAUAAAUGAUUGUUUGGUUGAAAGAAAAACAGAAAAAAUUUUAUUGAAAGAGACAAUUCGUUUGAGAAUCAGAAAAGAUAAAAUUUUUUGGAUUGUUUCGUAGAGCUUCCAGCCACAAUAUAUACAAUAAAGUGAAUGUGAACGAAAAAAAUAAUAAUUUUUUUCUCUUCAUUUCGUAUUUUAUUUAUGGAUAUACACACCAUCGCUAUCUAUUGGCAGAGAACCACUUUGGAAUUCUGAUUUGCAAAACAGAUGAUGCAUACGACCCAAGCUUAUUUCAACUGAAAAUAAAGGAACCGAUAAAAUCAAAUCAUUUCGACCAUGGCGCUAAGACUCCGAAAAGAUGUCCAGAAAGCAUCUUAUUACGUAUGGUUCUUGGGUGCCGAAGAAGCCAGGGGACUCCGAGGACCACGUGUUCUGCUGCCAGCCAUUCCACACUUGAUCGAACGUUCACGUGAACAAGAACCAUUGAAAGUAACACUUCAAGUGUCCCAUAAAGGCAUGAAAAUCGUUCAGGGCUCAUCCAAGCAUUUCAUUACGCACAGUGCAAUAACAUGUUCCGUUCAAGCUGAAGAUAUUGUUGCCUGUGUUUUGUUGCUGUACAAUCCAACAACAAAAUGUCCAUUACAUGUACACGCAUAUCGAUGCGAUUCGGAAACAACAGCUCAAGCGCUACAUCAAUUUCUACAAGUACUAAUUAACCGGCCAGAAAAUCAAAAACGAUUUGCAGAACUUGAAGCUAGAUUAGGAUUACAAUCGCAAGUAACUUCAUCAUCCAAUCGAUCAUCGCCGCCAAAAAUCGCACCGAAACGAAGCGAAACAUCGCCGAGACGAUUUGAGUCGUCGCUAGGCAGUGACACAGGAACGAGCCGAGAGUCAGAAUGUUCCGAAGAAUUGAGUCCAACUAGUCCAACCGUUCCGAUUGCAUCGAAUAAGGCUAACUUAUAUGAUUCAUUGGCUGCCGAGCUGCGAGCCAAACUGAAUGGCAAUGGUCCACCGUUGUUGUUGCCACCACGCGAUUACGAUACCGUUCAUCGAUCGAAAGGAAAUCUGGCCGCCACGGAAUUGCGACGAUGUCGAAAUAGUUUAAUUGUUGGGGCGAAUGGGCCGAAACAGAUAACACCGUCGAGGUCUAGAGGAUCGUCGGGCAUCGGUUCGGAUCUGGCACCGAGUCCAGAACGACAGGACGGUCAUAGUUCGAGUGAUGACGAAUGGGUUCAAAGUCAACGCGAGAAUCAUUCGAUCCUUCCACCAGCACCGGUAACUCGACCAAUACAACACCGAACUUAUCUUCCUGAUAGAUCGCCAGCUAACCACUUCAACGAUAACAACACUCAACCGCCAUCGUAUCUUUAUCCUCGUGAUCAGCAAGCACCGUCUCGACCACCCAGCAAUCAAUACAAAUCGAACGAUCAAAAUCGUUCGAAUCGGUCAGCGAACCGAGAGGAGCCAAUAAGACCCAGAUCACAAUCACGAGAAGAGGAGAAAAUUAAACCGAUCAUCAUUCGACCGCCAAACUUUGAGUCAAAGUUCAAGAAUAUUUUAGACGAACGACGAUUCGGCGAGGACAAUGACUAUCCCCGAGCAGUGCCAAUGGCGAAAUUUGAUCAAGAGAAAAAACGUUUGGAUCGAACAUUCCGGCAGGCUGAGGGACAAGAGAAGCGAUAUUUUGAAAAGGAGAGAUCCCAAGAUCGAUACUAUCGUGAUGAUGAGCCAGUAUCCGAUAUUCCGAGGUACAGCGAUAACAAAACGGAAAAGGAAAAUUUGACGGACAAGCAAAAGUUUAGGGAAUCGUUAAUUGAACAACAGAAGUCGAGCAGAUAUAGAGACAGAUACUCCGAUCAAGGCCAACAACAACAUAAAACAUCUGCUUCACGCCAGAACCAUCAAGAAGCGUUGGACAACAAUAAGUACACGUCGAAGAGUAAAUCAAAGUUCGAAAAUACUGAAAGAAACGGUUACAAAGGCGAAGCCACGAUUGAACGUUCGAAUUAUCGAAACAAAGCGACCGACAAGAAACUGGCCCGUGUCUACAGUGAGAAAUCGGCUUUGGGCUACGACAGUCACAACUCGUACAAAGAAGCUGAAAGCUUGCCAUAUCGCGACAACAUGGAUCGAGUGGUGAAAUCGCCAGUAAUCCGUUACAAUUCCUUCGACGAAAGUACAUUCGGCGAUAUGAUGGCCAGCGACGAACAUCGGAGCCGCGAACGUGACGCCCUUUUUGUACAACAGGAAAAAAUUCGACAAGCGGCACGAUAUCACAGCGGUGAACCGCCAUCCCGAUAUCCAGAACGCGAUGAGUUCAAUGUCAGCCGUCGUCGGAUAAUUGAUAGUCAACGAGAUCGUUCACCGGAAACGGUACUCCGAAUCUCUCCGAAAGAUCGAUUCCAAAAUGCACGAGAAAAAUUUCAAGCCAUCGAACGGGAGCGCAGCUAUCACGAUUUGGGAAGUCACAUUCGACGCACGGAGCCGCGACGAAAUUCGUUGGAACGGAAUGGCAAUGUAAUCGUACAGCAUCGCUACGAUAAUCGGAAAAUUGAUUGGAGUUCAGAUGAGGAGCAACCCAUUUCUCGACGCGUUGUGCCCACUAGUUAUCACGAUGUGGAUUCGUUUGUCGGUCAUGAGCAAAUGCCAUCGUCGAGGGCAUUAGGAGCUGCAAAGAGUUUGGGUAAUUUGGUGAAAGGAUAUCGCCAUAGCUAUGCGGAGCCGAUUGCUCGACAAUUGCCAAGAAAUAGCGGUCGUGUUGGUCUUGCUGCUGUGAAUCCGUUUUAGAAGCCAUUUUUGUUGAAUGAUCAAAUUUUUGAUCAAUAUUGAGGACCGUUACUUCAACAUAGGAA